AUGGCUUCUGCCUGUGGACAGAUUGAAGCACCUCGGAAAGACCGCGACACUACCGAGCCACGCGAAGAUAUGAGAUCUCAGCAUAACAUUGAUCGCCUUACCGUCGAAGUCGAUUGUUCCUCUCUUGGCUCCAACGAGUGUCCGUCAAUGAGUAAUAGCUUCUCGCCUUUGGAUUCUCCCACCCCGACUCCAACAAGCAUAUAUAGUCAAGGCGCAUUGGCCUCCCCGGGUUGGCAAGAAAGUGGACCGUACUCUGGGCACACCUACGACCGGAACCCCGGCCCCGCACCUAUGCGAAGCGCAUUCAGACUUCCCGGCAUGGCAUCGAACGAGACUAUGAGUAUGCCUUACGGGAGUAUGGAUACGCAAGAACGCAUGCCAAUGCCGGAUUUUCUCUCGGGAUACGAUGAGAACGUCGAGCAGUUCUGGAUCCCGUCCGACGCGGGAAAGACCUACGAGCCGGGCACACACUCGCUGCCAUAUCCGCCUGUCAUGCAUCAAUAUCCCCCUAUGGCCAGGGGUGGCUACCGUAACCACAGUGCAUCCUACCUGCCUGAAUCGGCCACCAAUCCCUGUCUAUCCCGGUCUAUCUUCCACCAGCCCGAGCGAGUCCCGACAUCCAUGUCCAUGAACAACAUGAUUCCAUGGAUGGCGCCGCCCGCCGAGUCUAUCCCCCAAACAAUCGCUCCGUCACAAGUCGGUCCAGUAACGCCACCUCCCUCGUACUCUGAUUACUCGACGUCCAUGAACACCCUGAAGUCACACACCCCAACGACGCCGAUUCGAUCUGGUUCUCUCGGCACGGUAUCGGGUACGGAUACCCCUAUGAGUCGUCUUUCGGGUCAUGGGGACUACCUGGAUGACUUCCAGCAGUCACCGGUCUAUCACGACGGCCUACAACGUCCGCAUCGUACGAUGUCUCGGAAAGUCGCCCGAAAGCAGUCCUCCAAGCAGAGCCUUUCGCUGGAAAAUCUACCCUCCAUUAUCAAGCAGGUCCAGUUCAAAUGCAAAGAACCUGGUUGCAAGGGGCGGUUCAAGAGACAAGAGCAUCUCAAGCGACACAUGAAGAGUCACUCCAAGGAGAAGCCUCAUGUUUGUUGGGUCCCCGGCUGCCACCGUGCCUUCUCCCGCAGCGACAACCUCAAUGCCCACUACACCAAGACCCACAGCAAGCGCGGAGGCCGCAAUCGAUAUGUUGCGACUUUGGACGACACCAGUCCCGACUAUGAUCCUGAUUUCCGCGGACAACUUACACCCGAUGGUCGGCCAAUCUACGGAUCGAAAUUAGAGGAGCCACUGAUCGAUACUCGAGAAUUGAGUGUGGAUGCUUGGGAUGAUUGA